UCCUCUCUUCCUGGACACUUCAGGGAUCUGGUGGCAGGACCCGCCGUCCCUGGCAGCGGUGGAGGCGUCCUGGGACGUGACAGAGAUGGCAGCUCUGCGGAAGGCUGCAGACGACAGCUCGGACCUGAGCCACCUGGAGAGGGACAGGGCGGAGGAGCUGGCUGUGCCGGACCCAGAGCUGGAGGCCAUCAAAGCCCGAGUGCGAGAGAUGGAGAAAGAGGAUGAGAGGCUGAAGGAGUUGCAGCUGGAAGCUGAGAGCCGCCUCAUCGUGAGCUCGGAGGCAGGCUGGAGCGUUCAGCUGGAAGGGUCUCCUGAACCUCAGGAGAUGACCCACGAGGCGGGGGGGGGCUGGCUAGCGGCACUGGAGGGGCUGGGGCUGGCAUUGCAGGUGGACUACGGGGGCACGGCGGAAGAGCUGGAGUCUCACUUCAACAGCUGCGGGCAGAUCAACCGAGUGACCAUCCUCUGCGACAAGUUCUCGGGGCAUCCUAAAGGGUACGCCUACAUCGAGUUUGAAGAGAAGAGCUCCGUGAAGGCUGCGGUGGAGCUGGACGAGAGUGUGUUCAGAGGCCGUGUCAUUAAGGUGCUGCCCAAGAGGACCAACAUGCCGGGCAUCAGCACUACUGACCGCGGGGGCUACCGGGGCCGAUUCCAAGCCCGGGGAGGGCUUGCCCAGCGGGGAGGCUACUACGGAGGGCAGCACCCGAGGGUGCGAGGGAGGACAUACAGGGGUCGGGCAAGGCUGCUGCCUUGGUAUUUUCCAUACUAG